CGUUCCUUCAAAUACUCCGGAAAACCUACUGCUCCGAACUCCGACAACUCCGAUUUAGGGGAAACGACACACAACAGUCACAAGUCACAACACGCACAUAAUUUAGGUUUUUUAGGUACAUACUUUUAGAGGGUAUAUUAUACUGCGUGGGAGAGACUACUAUUUUCGUCCAAGUCCAAAGUGUUCGUGUACCUAUAGGUCUUGCGUGUGUGCCAUAGCAGCACUGGCUUUGGGUGUUACGCAUGAGUGAUGGAUAUGGUAAACGAACGUAGUGGAGCUACUGCGACAGCAGAAGAUACUCAGGAUGGCUACCCUUGUGUUACCGGCAUUCUCGGUUGCCUCGUACUUUCCAUCGUCUACGUUGGGAGCCUCUACGUCUGGAGGUCGCCGCUCAACAGGGAUCACCCGAGCGUAAUAAAAAGGCGAUUCUUUAGCGUCUUUGUAAUGACAUUGCUCUCUCCGUUAUCGCUAUAUUUUGGAAUUAAUGAAAAAUUUUACCACGGAGCAACUCUUUGUCAGUUAUUGGGACUAAGAUGGCCAGGCAUAAUUCAAGCAAUUAUAAUUCCACUGUGUCUUACAAUGAUCCUUUUUUUGGGGCCACUUUAUAUGCAGGGACUUAGCGGCCUGUGGCGGCUGUAUGCCGAACCAUCGUAUUGGCUGGGAAGUGCCAAAACUCUGGUCUGGUGGAGGAAUCAAGUCGUGGCACCACUCUCCGAAGAAUGGACAUUCAGAGCUUGCAUGUUGCCGUUGCUCUUACAAUGCUUUGCGCCAAUCACUGCCAUUUUUAUAUGUCCCCUGUUUUUUGGGGCGGCACACUUUCAUCAUAUAGUUGAAAAUACAAGGAGAGGAAUGGAUUUCAAAACAGCCCUAUUGAGAUCAUGUGUUCAAUUUGCUUAUUCAACGGUAUUUGGAGUAUACGCUGCAUUUCUAUUUGCAAAAACUGGUCAUUUUAUAGCGGCAUUUACGGCUCACUCGUUUUGCAAUUACAUGGGAUUCCCAGACCUUUCAGAAGUGAUGACUUAUGAAGAUCACUUAGAAAGAGCGAAAUUAGUUUCUCUAUUCGUAAUAGGUUUGGUCGCGUGGUAUUUUCUCUUAACACCAAUGACAAAUCCUAGCUGGUUUAGUAAUAAUUUGUUCUGGCAAAAGCACGUCUUGGCAUGAAAAAGAAAAACGAUGACACGUAUCUUGUAAUCGAACAAUUGCCGCCUAGGCUCAGCCAGGUAAAUGCCAGACUCGACUGAAGGAGCUAUGUUCGUGUUUCUAAUAACUUUGGAUGUCGGUAGUAGUGAAUCUAAUACUAGACUGCCAAGCACUUGGGAUUUACACAAUCAUGUGCUAAUCUGCAUUUUUACAGCGAUUUAACAAAAUAAGCUCUUAGAACAGACUCUGUAUUAUUACUAAAAAGAAAGUUAUUACAAAAUGCAGAGCCCACCUAGAUCGUGUGCUUCUAUACUCGUCGUAUUGUUAAAAUACAGGUGAUUACUGUAACAUUGAAGUUCUUAGGAAAUUUUUAAAAAGUGGCAUGUCAUGUGCAAGUCGAUUUUUACGUCUUAUUGUAUUGAGCAUUCAGUUGGCCGUUAGACCAAAAAUUUUAUUAGAUAGUGAAUUUAACACCGCUGUGCCUCGAUUAAAACGUAGCGAUUAGAACGCGCUAUUAUGAAUUUUGUGAUGCUCGUUUGUUAAAAUACACUUAUCAUGUUAUUAGAGAAAUAAUUAUUAAUUCUACCAAAUAUUGUAUUUUAUAUAUUUUCUAUUUGUAACAUUGCUUAUUUACUAUGACCGUACUUAGCAGGUGUAAACAUUAAACUUGAGAAAGGUAGUUUUUGUUGAAAAACUAUCCAAUGCCAUACUAAUUUUAUCAAUAAACAUUUUUUUAGUUGAAAA